GUUUCGAGUACGCCUCGGAGACAACCGUCGCCCAAAGUCUGGCUAAAUGCUGCACCCAAUCAAGCCUCGAUAUACCCGGCCACGAGGAAAUCGCAUGACAUGCGGUGACGCUGCAUGUGUCCAGAAUUAUACCAACAAUGCAGUAGCAGGGAACUUGCAGGACAAGGACGCGGAACGAACAUGCUGAUGAAGGACGUGACUACCCAUGCAAUGGCCUCGCAGAUCGAUUUAUAAAGUCCCCUCUUCCCCGCUCGCCGAUCACUCACCUUCUCCUCAUGCUACACCUGGGGCAUUUUGCAUCUUCGUGCUACUGAACUCGACCAUUCGCUUCAUCCAAGAUCGAAUUUCUACCCCCAGGACUCAAAUAAUCUAACGGGAUGGGUGUUGGCGUGGGCGCUGAGGCUGUCUCAGGCAAGCGCGCCGAGCUCGCGGGCAACCGUGUAGGCUGGCGCGGCCUGCUGAGCAGCAAGAAGACUUUCUCCAUCGCAUUGUUUGCGUCGCUUGGGGGUUUCGUCUACGGGUACAACCAGGGCAUGUUCUCCGGAAUUCUCACGAUGCGCUCUUUCAUCCUUGCGACACAACACUACGCGGAACAGACUGGUACCGCCCAAGGCAUGCUCACAUCGAUUCUGGAACUGGGUGCCUGGGUGGGCACCCUGGCUAACGGAUAUCUUGCGGACUCGCUGGGUCGUCGGCUUGUGGUUGUUGUGGCCGUGGUGGUGUUCUGUGUCGGUGUGAUUGUGCAGGCCUGCACCACAUCCCCAAGCUACGUGUUCGGUGGCCGUUUUGUGACCGGUUUGGGAGUGGGUAGUCUGAGCAUGAUUGUACCACUGUACAAUGCGGAAUUGGCACCGCCGGAGAUUCGCGGUUCCCUUGUCGCUGUUCAACAACUUUCAAUUACCUUUGGUAUCAUGGUCAGCUUCUGGAUUUGCUACGGCACCAACUACAUCGGCGGGACAGGCGACGGCCAAUCCAAAGCAGCCUGGGAGGUGCCAGUUUGCAUCCAAAUCCUUCCAGCCAUUAUCUUGGCGAUCGGAAUGGUCUUCUUUAUGCCUCAGUCACCACGUCACCUGAUGAACCAAGGCCGCGAAGAGGAGUGCCUAAGCACACUGGCCCGGUUGCGUGAUGCCUCGACCGACGACAUCCUUGUCCGGAUCGAGUAUCUCGAAAUCAAAUCACUGAAGAUGUUCGAGCAGGAGACUUCCAAGAGAAAGUACCCCCAAUACCAGGACGACUCUUUCAAAAGCCGGUUUAUGAUCGGGGUGAAAGAUUAUGCUUCCUUGGUGACGGACAAAUCACUCUUCAAGCGGACUACAGUCGCAUGCCUUAUCAUGACAUUCCAGCAAUGGAAUGGAAUAAACGCCAUAAAUUACUACGCGCCCCAGGUCUUCAAAGGACUCGAGCUUGGCGGCAACACCACCUCGCUGCUGGCGACUGGCGUGGCUGGUAUUUUCGAAUUCGUCUUCACCAUUCCUGCAGUGCUUUGGGUGGACAACAUCGGUCGCAAAAAGAUUCUCUUGGCCGGUGCUGCAGGUAUGGCAAUCUGCCAUUUCAUCUGUGCCGGACUCAUCGGCUCGUUCGAAGGCGAGUUUGGAAGCCACAGGAGUGCGGGCUGGGCGACCGUGGCGUUUGUCUGGAUCUUCAUUAUUAAUUUCGCCUACUCAUGGGGUCCAUGUGCAUGGAUUGUGGUGUCAGAGGUUUUCCCGCUCAGCAUGCGUGCCAAGGGGGUCAGUAUUGGCGGUAGCAGCAACUGGCUGAACAACUUUGGCGUCGGUUUGGCAACCUCCCCUUUCAUCGCAACGUCCGCCUACGGUACAUUCAUCUUCUUCGGCUGCCUUACCGUGAUCGGCUUCCUGUACGUUUUGUUCUUCGUCCCGGAGACGAAGGGUCGCACCUUGGAGGAGAUGGACGAGGUUUUCGGGUCUGAGGGCAUGGCGGCCGAAGAUGAGGCUCUCCGACAGCGAAUCGACCGCGACAUCGGUCUUACAGCUUUGUUGCGUGGUGAGAUGGACGCGUCCGGAGAGAAGAUGACGGAAAAGACGAUGCACUUGGAUGAUGCUUCAGUGCCACCGCGCACUACCGAGGCGUAAGCCGAAGCUGCUGCAUGAUGAUGCCGGUGGUCCGGGGCACGGGAUGGCGUCGCUGGGCUAAGACGUCCAAUCUAUUAUCCUUUUUUCCAGCCGGGGAGGCUUGCUGAUGUCGUGCAGAGGUUUGACUUGGGGGCUGAAUUGGCACCGGGCCGGGCGGUCAAGCCCGACACGGUCUGGCUAACGCCUAAAAGCAGCUACGCAUUUAGCCUUAAUGGCCGAUUCAGAAUUCCAAG